GAUACACGAGCGCCCGCGGUUUUUGUGAGAUAACCAAAAUCUUUUGUGGGUGAACACUAAAUUUGUGGGUGUAUAACUAGAGUGUGGAUGUGUUUUGUUGUGCAAUUAUGAAUGACGAAGUAACGAUUUCACGAUUAUCGCCAAAUUCGGGUGCAACAAUGACCGUGACACCAUUUUCAAUUAAUGAUAUAUUAAAUGAUCGACAUAAAAAACGUCAAAAUAUUUCGGAUAAUCUUGGACAGCAAUCACGGUAUUUAAGUUUAUCGAGUGAAGAUACGGCAUUGGAUAUGACGACAAUAUCGGGAUUAGGCCAUCGACGUUAUUCAGAAACAGAUGACGGAUCUAUAUCACCAUCGAUUUUUACAUCUAGUACACAACAUUUUGGAUCGAACGGAUCAAUAAUUUCACCACGACAUCAUCAUUCAAUACCAAAUAAUAAUCGUCAUCCGAGUCCAAAUUUAAGUGAAACAAAUAGUAAUAUCGAUGGUAGCACAAAUUCAACAGCAUUAGGCGGUAGUGGAAACCGCAAGAAGCGAUCACGAGCUGCUUUUACUCAUGCUCAAGUAUACGAACUGGAGCGAAGAUUUAACCAACAGCGAUAUUUAAGUGGACCAGAACGCGCGGAUUUAGCACACAGUUUAAAACUGACAGAAACACAGGUAAAAAUUUGGUACCAAAACCGUCGUUACAAAACAAAACGAAAACAGUUACAAUUACAAGAAAACAAUUUACUAAAUCAAUCCGGACGUAAAGUUGCUGUAAAAGUCUUAGUCAAAGAUGAUAUGCCAUUAUUUUCGCUACAUCAAAAAUAUAGUCAACUACAUCCAAAAAUAUUAUCCACAUAUCAUGAUAUCAUCCCAAAAAAUGAAUUUUUUCAACCAUCACAACAAUCGCCUAUUGUUGGAGGAUUAAAGCAAUCAUCUAAAUUACAACAAUCAAUGAUAAAUUUAUAUCAGCAACAGUACAGCAACAAUCAUUUACCGUUUACAUACUUUAAUUGUUAUCAUCCUAUCACGACGGCAACGAAUAGUAGUACAUUGUUGAAUCAAUCGACAUCAUCACCGAAUGAAGUUUCAACGCCUCAACAAUCGACAAUGAGUGAUGAAGAAUUAUCAAUAAUUGAUCAACCAUCAUUAGCACCUCAAAUCAGUUCGAAUCAGAUUAAUGAAUCUACGUAA